AUGGAAACACGUCUAUUUGGUUUGACUUCUAUGGAGUUGAGAAGUUUAGCAUAUCAACUGGCAGUAAAAAAUAAUAUAAGCCAUACAUUUUGUAAAAAUGAUUUAGCAGGAGUGGACUGGUUGUACGGAUUUAUGAAGCGGCAUUCAGAUUUGUCCUUAUGUCAGCCAGAAGCUACCUCAGCUGCAAGAGCAUCAGGCUUUAAUCAGGUUGCUAUUGGUAAGUUUUUUGCUUUGCUAACUGAAGUAGUGGAUAAAUAUAAAUUAACAACUUCACAAAUAUUCAACGUCGAUGAGACUGGUAUAACAUGUGUUGCAAAAUCGCAUAGUAAAGUAAUUGCAUGCCGUGGUCAUCGCCAAGUAGGAGCAAUAACAUCUGCUGAAAGGGGUCAGACAGUAACAGCUGAAAUUUGCAUGGGUGCUGAUGGGUCAUACAUGCCUCCAAUGCUUAUUUUUCCUCGCGUUAGAAGCAAACCAGAGCUUAUAGAUGGUGGCCCACCUGGGGUAUGGGCUGAAGUUCAUCCAAGUGGAUGGAUACAGACGGAUUCGUUCCUUAAAUGGUUUGAUAAAUUUGUAAUUUUUUCCAGAGCAUCUAAGACCCAUAGGGUUUUACUUUUGCUUGAUGGCCAUUCUACUCAUACUAAGUCAUUAAAACUUAUAGAUAAAGCUAGAGAUGCUGGUGUUAUAUUGCUUUGCUUCCCACCUCAUUGCACGCACUAA